GUGAGGGAACGUACGGUAAGGUGUUCUUGGCCAAGGACCUCUCCAAUGGCGAGGAUGUCGCAAUAAAGAGGCUGAAGACGGCAGCAGCAUCGGCUGGGACAAGUGGUGGUGGCAUUGGAGGAAUACACUUUACGUGUAUCAGGGAGAUGAAGGUCAUGAAAGCUGUUCACAGCGAGAAUGUCAUGUCGUUGGUCGAUGUUUUCGCAUCAAUUAACGAGGAUGAGGCAUCAGCUGAGGAGUCGGCAUCUACGGCAACCCCUAGGCACAAACAACCUCAAUUGUCAUUGGUCAUGAAGUUCAUGCAUUGUGAUCUGAAGAAAGUCCUAAGUUCGAGGAAUGUUACUUUAUCUUUACCAUGUAUUAAGGCUAUGGUAUACCAAAUAGUGUCGGCGUGA